AUCGCCUUGAGUCGGACUCGAAUAUUUUCAACACAUCGCGAGCCUUACCGACGAGGGUAGAGAGCCUGCCCUCCACCCACCCGAGCUCCUUCCCCUCUCGCCCCGGCCUCUUGCUUCGGUGAUCGGUGCCGGCGGAUCACAUCCGGCGAUUCCAUUCUCCAGCGACUGCGCCGGCGGCAAGCGGCGAGGAAAACAAAGGAGAUGGUGAAAUCAGCUGCUGUAGCCAAAGUUGUAUAUGAUCCUACAAAUUCCUACCGUAGUAAAUCUCAUUCUAGAGCAUCUUCUGGUGAAUGGCACAACUUCAUGUCAUCAAACAUUGCAGAUAUGUAUCAGAAGCCGGUGGCUAGAGAAUCUUCUAAUCAUCUGGAGAGUGAGAAUGAGGAAAUGGAUAUAUCAAAAGUAUUAAAGGAUAUAGAAUACUUGGGUGCCUCUAAUAUGUCCUGGAAGGAGAGGAAAAAGUUGGAGAACCAGAAUGUUGUUGCUUUGGGUGGGAAGCCUCCUAAGAAGCAUAGAACGCCACUUAGUGUGGCAAAACCAGCAAUGAAAAAUCAAAAGCGAAGAGAACAAAAGAAAAUAGAAGAGGGGUUGGUUCUUGGUCGAUUUGCCAAGAAUGCUGCAAAAAGCAAUAAUAAACCACAGAAGCUAAAACCUGAAGACAGAGUGUUGAAGGCAAGUGAAGGCUAUUUCAGGAAAGGUGUGCUUAAUGUGAAUCAUCUGUUGGCGCCGAGUCCACCAAAAGGUGGUGAUAGAUCGCACAUCAAGGUUGGUAAAGGAAAGAAGAAAGGGAAAGGGAAGAAAAAGGGCAAGGGAAAAAGGAGAAGAGGCCGUUAAGUGCUCCCUUUUUUUUGGUUGCCUUUCUUUGGACUGCUUUAUAUGAAAUUUUGGUAUGUAUUGACGCUUACUGCUGAGGAACAUCUCACAAGACUCGAGUUUUCCUCGUUUAAUGUUUUUGAGUAAAAAAGGGUAGUAUUCUUUAGCAUUAAAGUUACUUGAGAUGAUAUUAGUCUAAGAAUCUAUCUCAAAAGUUUCACUUAAAUGUCAUGGCGCUUACCGCAGAGUAUGCAAUAUAGAUAAAUAUAGAAAUACAUCAUUUCAUUCAUGUU